AUGGUGCAUAAUAAAAGUACAUCCAAUUUCAAAGACCUCAGUAAUCUUGAGUUUGGUGAAUUAACACAUAGUCUUGAGUCUAAUGAGCUGAUAUAUGAUCUUGAAUUUAAUAGACCAAUGUAUGAUUUAGUAGUUGCUGUUCAAGAAAAUAAAAAUGUCAGAUUGGACU